AAAAAAUUUCAAAAAAGAAUUCCACUGGGAAUUGCCCCAAAUGGAGACGGCCGGACAGAUCCUCCUAUAAAAGGGCUUAUUUGACCUUUUUAUGUAAGUUCGAGGGCCUAUUUGAUCCUUUUCCCUAUAAAAAUUACGUUGAAUAGGGUAUAAAUAAUGAGAAAAUUCUCUAAAUUGAACUAAAACAAUGAUAACAUAUAUAAAUAAGACUAUCAUUAUUUUAGAAAAUUCUAAUCAAUUUAUUCUUUCAAUAGGACUAAAUGAGCCCUAUUUGAGAAAUAAAACAUACGGAGUAUUUAGUCUUAUUUUUGCACUUUGUCCAUCUCAAGGUAUUACAUGCAUACUCCAUCAUCCAUCUCAUCAAUGAGCUUGAUCAACAGCAACAGCGAAAAAGAUAAUUCAGCUAGCUGGCGUGUACAAAAACGUGGUGGCGCUUGGCAUGGCCCCUUACCAACCCAGCACCAGCCAAACCAUUUAGUUGGAACUGUUGUUCUGUUUACAACCGCAUCAAACCUGGCCAUUUGGGUUGCUAGAAAUAAUACUAGGCUUGGACCCGGUUCGGGCCACCUGGCCUGGGAACCGGCCCGGUACUGUUUGGGACCGGCCUGGGAAACCGGGUACCGGUUCCGGGUCAUGAC